AUGCAGGGCUUUGGGGCUACUCUUCUCUUGGGGGGUGGGGAGCUCGGCGCGGUGUACAAAGGCGACCCUCCCUGGUAUGCAGGGCAGACCCAGGCCGCAUGCAGCGGUGACCAGCUAUGCAAAGAGCCCGUCUGGCCGAGGCCAGGCUUCAACGCCGUAAAGCCCCAGCGCCCCGGCUCCCUCGACUCGCGGAUGGGCCUCCCCAGGCCCUGGCGCUCCAACGCCUACUGGAGCCCAAACCGGCUGCCGGGGCCCGCCACGCCCCGCCUCCAGGCCCUGCACUGGCCUGGGACCGAGUCGAUGGCGUGGGGCCCCGGGAGCCUGGGCCGCCAGGCCACGGGCGCCCCAAAUGCGGGGCCGCAGAGCCAAGCUGCCUUGAGGUCCUGGGCCUCAGGGCGCGGAGCCGCCGCCGCCUCUCCACAGGCCCCCCCAGCCUCUUCCAAUGCGGCCGCGGGCGCUGGGGCUGCGGGAGUGCGGCCGCACCCGGGCGGCCAGGGUGAGUCCCCCAAGCUGCCUCUCCGCUCAGCAGACAGCUCGGGGUCUGGGAGCCCGAACCAGGUCCCUCCGGCGCCCACGGACGGCGAGAGUAAGGCCAGGGUUAUCCCCCAGCCUCGGCCCGAAAACAGCAUUGUGCCUCCGGGCCGCCCGCCGACCCUGGACAAACCGCGGCUCGAAGGCCCCCAAGCUCCGGUGUCUGUCUGGAAAGGGUUCCCUGGGGCCCCACUCAACAUUGACCGGCUUAAGAAUGCCAAGAUCGUGGUGCAGAGAGCCAUCAAGCAGAAGAAAGUCUUCAUGAUCCAGGGCCGCUACCCCGUGAUCCGAGGGAUCCUGCGCCGCCGGGGCUGGGUGGAGAAGAAGAUUCCCCAUUUAACAACAGCGCCGACACUACCUCCCCCUAGGGAUUUUGACAGUUUUGGAUCUGGAGAUAAUGAUAUCCUUGAGGACUGUGAUGAAGAGGAUGAAGAUGAUGAUGAUGAAAGUCAACAGCCAGACCUUGAAGAUAUAGAUGGCACUCAUGACCUUAUGUCCCGAAUGGUUCGAAAUGAGGUACCCUAUUUCAUCUGGACCACCCGGAGGGAUGUGAUUGACUGCCGCUUCCUCUGCAAAGAACAAAUGAUAAAUCAUUAUGCUCGAGCAGGCUCCUUCACCACCAAGGUUGGUCUGUGCCUCAACCUCCGGAACCUGCCCUGGUUUGAUGAGGCCAAUGCAGACUCCUUCUUCCCACGCUGCUACCGCCUGGGCGCUGAGGAUGAGAGACAGGCCUUCAUGGAGGACUUCUGGCUGACAGCUGCGCGCAACGUUCUCAAGCUGGUGGUGAAGUCAUGGGACCCCUACUUGGAAGACAAUGACCAGACAAAAUCAUCCCCAACUUUUUUGGAAAAGACCCUGUCAGGGCAGAAGGCAGACACAAGAACCAAUCCUUCCUCCUGUAUCCUUCCUUCUCCUCCAGAAUCACCCCCAGGCUCUCCAGGGGGCAAGCAGGGUAAAAAGCAAGAUCUCAAGCAGGUAUCAUCAAAGCUGAUUGAGGAUGCACUGCAGGCCUGUGAGGGUCACCUCAGCAGUUUGGCCCAUGAGGAUAUUGACAAGACCAUGGAGCCUCCAGUGUACCUGACCCAGGCUGAUUGGGCUUUAUUUCUCCAGCGCUACUACCAAGUGGUCCAUGAGGGGGCUGAGCUAAAGAAGGUUGAUUCUCAGAUCCAGCGUUGUGAAGACAUCCUUCAGCAACUACGGGCAGUGGUGCCUCAAAUUGACAUGGAAGGAGACAGAAAUAUCUGGAUCGUGAAGCCUGGAGCCAAGUCCAGAGGUCGAGGCAUUAUGUGCAUGGACCACCUGGAAGAGAUGUUAAAGCUGGUGGAUUGUGACCCCAUGAUUGUAAAAGAUGGCAAGUGGGUGGUACAGAAGUAUAUUGAGCGACCCUUACUCAUCUUUGGCACCAAGUUUGACUUGAGGCAAUGGUUCUUAGUGACUGACUGGAACCCACUCACUGUCUGGUUCUACCGGGACAGUUAUAUCCGCUUUUCCACCCAGCCCUUCUCCCUGAGGAACCUGGACAGUUCUGUGCAUCUUUGCAACAACUCCAUCCAGAAGCACUUGGAGAAUUCUAACUCUCGUCACCCCCUGCUGCCCCCCGACAACAUGUGGUGCAGCCAGAAGUUCCAGGCUCACCUACAGGAGGUAGGGGCACCUGAGGCUUGGGCAGAUGUCAUGGUUCCAGGCAUGAAGGCUGCAGUUAUCCAUGUACUGCAGACUUCUCAGGACACAGUGCAAUCCCGCAAGGGCAGCUUUGAGUUAUAUGGGGCUGACUUCGUGUUUGGGGAAGAUUUCCAUCCCUGGCUGAUAGAGAUCAAUGCCAGCCCAACUAUGGCACCUUCCACGGCUGUCACCACACGACUCUGUGCUGGGGUGCUGGCUGAUACGUUGCGUGUCGUCAUAGACCGUCGACAAGACCGAAACUGUGACACUGGUGCUUUUGAGCUUAUUUACAAGCAGGCAGCUGUGGAGGUACCCCAUUAUGUGGGUAUCCGACUAGUGGUUGAAGGUUCCCCUGUGAAAAAGCCUCCAACCAUCCGUAGCCGAAGAGCACCACCCCGUCCCUUGGCACUUCGACACCUUAGGGAGCCUAAGGAUUCAACACCUAAGGGGACUAAAGAGGCCAUGCCUAGGGAGUCUGUACCUAAGGAGUCUGUACCUGAGGAGGCUAAAGAAUCCGUGCCUGGGGAGGCUAAAGAGUCCGUGCCUGGGGAGGCUAAAGAGUCCAUGUCUGGGGAGGCUAAACAAUCUGCGCCUGAGGAGGCCAAGGAUUCUGUGCCUGAGGAGGCUAAGGAUUCUGUGCCUGGGGAGGUUAAGGGUUCCAUGCCUGUUGCUUCCAAGUCAGCAGGGCAUUACUACUAUCAUGGGAAAGCUUUAGGAGGCAGGAAGAAUCUGGGGCCCAUUGAGAAAACAGACUCCAUAAGCAUGGGAAAGAAGAGAGUCAACACCAAACAAUCCACAGAAACUGUCCAAGCCAGCUUCCAGAAAUGGGACAUCCGCAAUCCCAAGAUUAGCCACCUCUUCAAUGCGUCAUCAGCAUCCACUGCCAAUCGGGGAAGGCAACUUCACCCCAUGAACAAACCUCAGCUGCUUCCAAAGAAUCCUGUGUCUCUAGAACCAGAGGGAUUACCCUGCCUCCUCACUAAGCCUGUGCUGCCUGAUUCCGGAGUGCUUAAACCUCGUACCUUCCUUCUCAGACUACAGCUCCAAAAAACACCCAUUCCCUGCAAGAACCUCAGUGCCACGGGCAGGGCCUUGCUUAUGUUCCCAGCUCAUAAAGAGCCUGUUCCCAGUUGUGGGAAGCAGGCCAAGCCUCAAAAGGCAGUUUUAGAUCACUCAGAACUCCAUCCACCCAAAUCACAGAAAAAGGAAACGCCUCUGGGCCCCAUUUACUCGAAGAUGAAAUGCAGCUUCCUGCCACCUUUAGCAACUCGAAGCCCAGGCUUGAUAACAGACCACAUUUUGCUGAAGGCUCUUACAAAGAAUGCCCAAGUUCAUGGCUCCCACUGGCACCUUCACCAGUCUGGAAGGACCAGGAGAGAACACCAUGACUUGGAGACCAUGAAAUUGGGACAUUCCUGGCCACAUUUCAUAUUUCCUCCCCCAAAACUUAAGUCCUGGCCAAAGAAAUUUUCCCGGGCCAAAAAUAAAUGGGAUUGAGAUACA